AUGUUCGUAGUAAAUCGCGAUCGCACAGGAAGCCCACCUCUGUCCAAUGACGAGUCAGAGGAGACGGAUGAAUUGGAUAAUACCGACGAGGAAUCGGAGGAGACAAUCCACCAGCCGCAGAGCUAUACACCUGUGUCAGAUGUCGAGGAGGGCAUCAAGGAGGUCAUCGAGGAGGAGGGCAAGGAGGAGGACAAGAACGAGGAUGAGGACAAUGAUGAGGACGAGGACGAGGAUGAUGACGAGGACGAGGAUGAACAAAGUGUUCCUGUCCAGCCCUCACCUGUCUUUCAGAGCCGCCCAUCUCACGGAGUCAUACACAGGCCGAAAGGACUGUCUACCGCCGCCACUGUUAGUGAACAUGAGCGCAGCGCACUCACCCCCGAUCUAACUACACCUCCUCCUACUCACCCACCGAAGCGUCAACAUCACAAGGUCUUUCAGAUGGCACAGAUGUCUGUGGGGUUGCGGACAGGUGAACGUGGCCCACUCGACAAUGCCUCUGGAAUGUUACAAGCCUCCGAUGACCUGCAUGUGGUCUCUCAGCUGCCAAGCCCGGUGUCAGUUGUUUCCAAUGUCAUCUCCAAUUCUGAUGUGUAUUGCUUUCUCUGCCAACAAGGUGGAGACUUGGUCGACUGUGACCGUCCUAACUGCGGCAGAGCUGUUUGCUUGCAUUGCAUUCCAGAUCUCCAGCAGUGGAAUAUGACUGAGCAGAUGCGGUUUGAAUGUCUGGCCUGCGCUACAAAGCGUGGCGGUGGUGCGAUGCAGGUAUACCAUGGCCUGUAUAGUGUCCAAUCUGCGGAAAAACCUUGGGUACCAUUGACGAAAGGUCUUCGGAUUCUCGGCAAGCCUGAGAUAUCACAGACCGCAAGGUUGGAUACCUCAUCUUUGGUUUUGGUUCAUCUGCGCCUGCGCUCGCUGUCUGAGUAUGGUACCAUCGCCAAUCUUGUGGAGGAGUAUCUUCGAGCCUAUUACGUUGACUGCAGAGAGUUCCUAAACCGGCUGGAUGUCGUCUUUGACUUGGAAGGCUCAGAGGCCACAGAAGGUCAUCAUCUUCAUAUGCUCAACAUAGUGUCGAAAAUUCGAUCCUACAAGCCUACCUGCAUGCUAAUUCUUAUUUAUACACACUCGCACGACGACACCGAUGACUUGUUUUACAGCAGCCACUGGGUAGGCACAAUUGAUACUUUCUUCAAAUUUGUUGUCUGUGAAGACCUGAUGGCACUCUCCCGAGAGGUGCCGACAACAUUUGCGCUGCUGGCUUGUGGUUCCGUGGUGUCAAAGGCAGCUCCUGGGGAAGACUUGGUCACAGUUUGUACACGCUACAAGCUCCCCCGGGUUUUGGCAUUCACAGCACCGGCACUGUCUUCUAUCAGUGCGGCCCCCUUCUUUUUUGGAUUCGUGCGCCGUGUGUUUAUUGAAGGAGCCACUGUCGGUGACCUGCUGAUGAGCGAACUUCUCGCCAGUUCAGGCCCAUUGGGCAGGCACUCCAGGGUCAUUCUCUUGGAAGAAACCACUCAGGAUCAUGUCAUCAGCCGUGGUGAUGCGAUGACUGGUGAUUUGGAUAAGGCCAGGCGUAAGCGAGCAUGGGCAGAGUCCUACAAGCUGACCAUCUCAGAGUACAUCUGGGAUCAUCCCAGGAUCAGCCCCUAUGGCAAUCGGGUUCCAAUGCAAUGCGACACUUGUCUUCACUUAGGCACUUUCGUCUUUUUCGAUCGUAAGGGCACUUCUCCCCAGACUCAUUGCUAUCGCUGCAAGCAUUGUCAUGCUGAGUGGAGCUUUGAGCCUCCGCAGGAUGGCAGGCUUCUGAAGGAGUUCAACCAAGGCGCCUGGGUGAAGGUUAUUCAGCAGUAG